AUGCAAGCCACGCAGCCAGCCCGCCCCGGUCCAGGCGGUGUAUUAGGACCCAACUACGUACCCACAGCACGUGAACAAGAGGUUUUGAGCAAUUGCAAGCGCGCCAGCCUCACUCGCGGUGUGGUCGGUGCUGGCUUGGGCGCCGCACUGGCUCAUGUCGUCAUGAUGCGCCGCCAGCCUCGUCCAACCAAUCUGACCCUCGCAGCCUGGUAUACGGGCCUCGGGGCUUUUGGCUUUUACGCUGGAGUUGCAAGCUACCAGACACAGUGCAUCCGCCAAAUCCUUGAGCUGUCCGACUCUCCCAUGGCUGAUGAGUUGCGUGCCUUUAUGAAUGCUGCCGAGCACGCUCCAGGACGCCACGCCUCACCAGGCGCUACCAGCACACCAGCCCCUACAUACUCAACCAUGCCGCAAUCCGGCUACGGUUCUGCCUCCCAGCAGCUGGAACGAGAGCAACCAGCCCAGGCUGCGCCACCCGCACGCUACCAAUACCCCUACCGUCAACAGCAGCAGCAACAACAGCAACCCGUGCCCCCGCAACCUACUGAGACCCUGUACAGUGACGAAAAUGACUGGGCUGAACGGGCCCCACAAGCCCACGCCGUCGUUUCGAACAACACGACCAAUGGAGCGCCCGCCGCGCCUGCCUCACCCUACACCGCGCUUCGGGAACAACAGCGUAGUCAAUGGGCCACGCCCGCCUCUGCUUCACAGCCUUCACAGCAACCCAACCCCUAUGCACGGGCGCCACCACCAGCAGCAUCACCAUAUCACCAACCACAGCACCCUGAGCAGUCGCAACCCGACCAGUAUUGGGGCGGUGCUCAAUCGCCUGCACAGCCGCCGGCCUCCAACUAUGGAGAUCUCCACCAAGACCCCAGUCAACCACGGCCAACGUCUCCCUUGGACCGUCAACGCCUGACGCCGCGCUUCACCAAGUAUGGCGAUCCCAUUGAUGAGUAG